UUUACGACACUUCAGAUCGGAAGUUGGCCCGAAUGGCGGCGCUGAUGAGAAUUGCAUCGUGUACACGCCGGGUUUCUGCCUACACUCGCGUGGCUGCUGGUUUAUGUUUCAGGACUAAACUCCAGCAGCCAGAAUUAACGGUUUACUCAUUAAUUCAUCAUCAUACAGCCAGAGCUUUCUUCUGUAACCUCCUGCUGCAAAAUCCAGCGGAAAUGUCAGCUUCUUUCUCCACAUCAUCCUCAUCAUCAUCAUCAUCAUCUGCUGAAACUAUGAGCCAGAGGAUGGUGUGGGUGGAUUUAGAGAUGACAGGACUGGAUAUAGAAAAGGACGAGAUUAUUGAAAUGGCAUGCAUCAUCACAGACUCGGACCUCAACAUCAUCGCUGAGGGACCUAAUCUGAUCAUCAAUCAGCCGGACGAGCUGCUCGACGGCAUGUCGGAUUGGUGCAAGGAGCAUCAUGGGAAGUCAGGGUUGACACAGGCGGUGCGGGACAGUAAGAUCUCACUCCAGCAGGCCGAGUACGAGGUCCUGUCCUUCGUCAGACAGCACACACCUCCGGGCCAGUGUCCUCUCGCGGGAAACUCAGUGCAUGCUGAUAAGAAGUUUCUGGACAAGUACAUGCCCCAGUUCAUGCGUCAUCUCCACUAUCGCAUCAUCGACGUGAGCACAGUCAAGGAGCUCUGCAGACGCUGGUUUCCGGACGAGUACAAGCAUGCGCCUCAGAAGAAAGCUUCACACAGAGCGCUGGAUGACAUUCAAGAGAGCAUCAAAGAGCUCAAGUUUUACAGAGCGACUGUCUUCAAAACUGAAGGAGAAGAGAAGAAGAGGAAGAUUGUUGAAAACGGAGAGAGCAAACACACAGCAUAAAACACACCUGCUCUGGCUUUGGAGAGUGAUCUUAACUUUGCACAGCAUGUAUAACCCUGAGCCUGUGAGAGUGUGUGUGAGUAUGAAAGAGUGUGUACGAGUGUGAGACUGUGUCUGUGCGCAGUUCCGUAUUUCUUAUUUUAUCACCUGAUACGCAACUAGUUCCAUGCGUUCUUUUAGUUCUCAUCUUAUUACUACUAAAGUUAGGAGUGGAAUUUCUUUAGGGGUUUGUUCUUGAAGUGUUUUGAAUUUGUUCAUCUUUCUGUGAUGUUGCUGUUUGCUGGAGCACAAAUACAAAAUGUGAACACUGAUCCUUCUCUCUUCAUUGUUGUCCUACGCUUUUUUUUCUUUUUAAAUAAAUUCCUGCAUGUA